UUUUGUUUUUUGAUAUUUGAUUAAAGUAGCAUUUGUUUUUGUCGAGAAGCAAAGCAAAUCAGGCUCUCAAUCGCUAGUAAUUUUGAAAUCAGAUGCGGCAGGCCACAUGACAACCUGGGUGACCGUUGUUAGGACAAACAAGGAAACUCGUAUCCCUCUCCGCAUGAUCCAACGGUCACUUUUCACUAGCUAGCCGUUGCUUUUGAAAAUACUGAGCCCCCUCUCCCCACUCCCUCCUGCCCUUUUUGUUUCUCUCUCUCACUCCCUUUCAGACAAGUUCAUUCUGUAUCUCGAUCUGUAGAUUUCUGCUUUCUGGGGGGCGUUUACUUCUUUAAAUGCUCUUUCUUUUAGUGAUUUAAAGGCUACCUUGGGCUUGCUUUAUUUCCUCCUCCUCGUUCUUCUUCUUCUUCUUCUUCUUCUUUUGGGGUGGUAGUUCGUUCCUUCAGAUACCCAACGAAAAUGGAUCAUAUAUCUGAUGAGAACAACCAUCCUAAUUUUGUAAAACCCACAAAUUUUCAAGAAGGAGGUGCAGUUAUGGGUAGCAGAAAGUUUGGGCAGGAGAUUAGGCACAACAGAAGAGCUUUGAGUGUCAUUAAUCAGAAUUUAGUAGGAGCUAGAGCAUAUCCUUGCGUUGUUAAUAAGAGAGGCUUGUCCGAAAGAAAUGAAAAUUUUGAAAACAACCAGCUUGAUCCAGUGCACAGACCUAUUACCAGGUUACAGAGGCAGUUUGGGGUAACGCAGAUUGCUGCACAACGGGUUGUCUCUCUCUCUCUGACCCUUUUGGAGGGUUUGGCCUUUGUUUUAUGA